CCCGUGGCCAUCAUCACUCGUCGCCGAAGUCCUCUUGCACCGUUCCUCCAGCACAAGUUGACCAUUCAUCAGCAACCUUGCCCGCCUGCGCGGGAGACUUUCUUCUUAUACAACACACAAAUCUCUCAAGAUGCCCCCCAUCUCCAUUAAGAAUGUUCUCAUCAGCGAAAGCGUGGACCCUCGCUGCAGGAGCAUCCUGGAAGAAAAUGGCAUCCGAGUAACGGAGAAGCACAACAUGCAGAAGAAUGAACUGAUCGCCGAGAUCAAGGACUACGACGGCCUGGUGGUGAGAUCCGCUACCAAGGUGACGGCUGACGUCAUCAACGCCGCCGGCAAUCUCAAAAUCAUCGGGAGAGCCGGAACCGGCGUGGAUAACGUGGAUGUCGAGGCCGCCACCAAAAUGGGCGUCAUAGUCAUGAACACGCCGAGCGGCAACACCAUCAGUGCGGCUGAGCUGACCUGCGCCCUCCUGAUGAGCCUCUCGAGAAAUGUGCCUCAAGCUGCAAUGUCCAUGCGAGCUGGCAACUGGGAUCGCAAAAAGUUUAUGGGUGCUGAGCUGUACGGUAAAGUUCUCGGAAUAGUUGGACUCGGAAGAAUAGGAAAGGAGGUGGCCAACAGAAUGCAGGCAUUUGGCAUGAAGACUAUUGGCUAUGACCCAAUCACUCCAGUUGAAGUGUCAGCCAGCUGGGGGGUGGAGCAGAUGUCCCUGGAGCAGCUUUGGCCUCUCUGUGACUACAUCACGGUCCACACUCCAUUAAUGCCCUCCACUGUUGGUCUACUCAAUGAUGAAACCUUUGCCAAAUGCAAGAGAGGCGUGAAAGUAGUCAACUGCGCACGUGGUGGCAUCAUCGACGAAGCCGCCCUCCUCCGAGCUUUGGAGUCCGGACAGUGCGGCGGAGCCGGCCUUGACGUCUUUGUGGAGGAGCCCCCACAAAACCGCUCUCUGGUCAACCAUCCCAACGUGAUCUGCUGUCCGCAUCUCGGUGCCAGCACCAAGGAGGCACAGGCACGAUGCGGCCAGGACAUCGCACUGCAGAUUGUCGACAUGGUGAAGGGCAACAAGCUGGUCGGAGCAGUAAACGCACAGGUUUUGGCGAGCACUUUCUCCCCGGACUCUUAUCCAUUGAUCAAACUUGGAGAGGCCAUCGGAGCUGUGCUGAAGUCGUGUAGUGUGUCCAAGACUCCACUGAGCCGCGUACAAAUCACUUCUCAAGGAGACAGCAUGAAGUCUUCAGCCAGCUACAUGACGGCCGCUGUGCUGGUCGGCCUGCUUAACGGCAAAUCUGGCUCUUGCCCAAACUUCAUCAAUGUGCUGAGCCUCGCCGAGCAAUCUGGAAUCACGGUAAACCAAAGCCACAGCGUGUCGGACGAGGCUUCUAACGACGUGUGCACGGUGGAGAUCAUGACCGACGGCUGCAGCUACAAAGCUAGCGGCACCAUUCAAGGUCGCCGACCGGUUCUGCUGGAGCUGAGCGGCAGCGUGUUCAGGCAGCCCGUGUCACUCGCUGGGAAUCUGCUCUUCUUCAAGGCCUCGGCGAGUCCUCAGCUGCUCUCGUCGCUGGCCGGCCUGCUCGCCGCAGAGGGAGUACAAAUCGAGUCUUUCAGUGCUCCCGUAAAGCACUGCGGUGAUAGUUGGUACUGCGUCGGGGUGUCUUCUCUGCUGCGGGACCUCUGUGCCUUGAAGCCGUUGGUUCAGGAGGCGGCUCAGCUCAGCGCUUGAAGCAAGGCUGCCGCUCACGUUUGCGUUUUAUUGAUCCAGCUUUGCCUUAGCGUUCUCGACUAACCUUUCCAGAGCCAGUUGCAACUUACAUUCCAGUGUUAGGAUGGUUUUCACAGCUUUGUCAGUAAAACUGAUGAAAAAUGUG